AUGUACUCGCCGUUUUCGAUAUUCCACUUCAAACCACGUGAUCCGUACCGCUACCAACCGCUUCUCACGCAUAGCUCCUCGAUGGCGCCGGCUCCUCCGCGUGCCCAUCCGAUUCCACGCAUCACAAAGUGCUCUUCCGACGGAGCGGCGCCACGUCGGCUCUCGACGGACCGGCCGUUGCUGCAGAUGUCCAUGUCGCACGAGACACGUCGCAAACGGAGCCGACUCAUCCGCACGCGGUGUGUCCAAUCGGACAGUAAGAAGAGCUAUGGUACGGAAGAGAGAAUUUGUAGGAAUACAAGCCACGAGAAUUGCUGCGUAACGCAAAAAAGGCUUGCUGCGAGCGUAUGUCUACUCACUCGGCCGGGUUCCGUAAAACUCCGAAUUUCUAUAAGAGUUUUGCUGAAAUAUGUUCCCUCACUCUAUAUUAGUACGCUCUCAAUUUUUUUUUCGAAAGUUUUCGGUAUAUCGCGAGCUGCACCGCUCCAAAGUUGCCCUGUUUUUCUCGCGGUUCUCUGCUAUUUUUGGCGACAGCGAAAUACAGUGAGAUUUUGGAGUUUCAGCUCGAUUUUCCCCGUCUUUCGAUGAUUUUUUGUGUUUAACCGGUAAUUUGAGAUGGAAAUAAGUUUUAGAUGUUAUUUAUUGUGCUAACAUGUUGCUUGUGUUGCUUCUUUUCAGAAAAACUGUCAACGAAACAAGAAAAAUUCGGGCAAUAGACAAAUUAGAGGAAUAAAGAGCUCGAAGCACCGUGAAAAAUCGAUUCGUUUCAAAAGAUAUUGAACAUUGAAAACAAAAUUGAGCUGUUUUGAAAAAAAAAGAUGUUGAAAUGAAAAAUAUGGAAUGCCCCACGGUCUCCCAAGGCGCUAAUGCUAAACACAGUGCGCUCGUAAAUUGCGGAGUGUCGUUGCAACUUUUGAAAAUUUGCAGGUCUAAAAAUGCAGUUCAAUUCGAGUUUACGACCUUCAUUUCUUUCUUUUGAAAAACGCUUCUUGAAAAACGUCUAGAAAACAAUAUUUUACUUAUUGGAAACCGUUCUUUACAGAAUUUAGAGUUUUUCAUGUUCCUAGCGUCUUUUUCGCAUUUCGUCAAAACUUCAAACCUUUAUAUUUCAGCUCAUUUUGCAUUUCAUGAGCCCAACGAACGAUAAAAAAGUUCGCUGAAUCUUUCUUCACAAAAUUCAGGUUCCUGCGGUUAGUUUUUUUGAGCAGUUUUCGAAAAAUAUUCGAAAAACAUUAAAAUCCAGGCCAAAACCUUCAAAUCGAAAUAACUUUGCUAAUUCUCAACGAUAUGUGAGAUUUCUGUUACCAAAACGUAGCUAGUGCUCUAAUUAUUCGAAUCCAAGGUACCAGGCGCACAAAAAAUAGGUGUAUUGUAUAGAAAACAUGGAAAAAACGCGAACUCCCGCUGAAAAUUAAUUAAUCGGCCGCCGCGUAAAUCGACACAGUCCGCCUGUUGCAAGUGCGCCCCAUUGAAAUCAUUCGCGCCGUGGGAGACCGUGCAUUGGAAUAAAGUCUCUGAAACCUUCUUGUUCAUUGAAACAUUUGAAAGACUCAUUUAAGCAUAUAUUUUCAAAAUAAUAAUGAUGCCAAUGGGGUUCAACGGGAUUCGAUUAUCUGAAAGUCUGGGCUUUUAGGAAAAAGUUCAUAAAAAUUGUUUUUCAGGUAACACCUUGUCCAGCUCACUAUCGACAAUUCCGAUAACCGGACAGCAUUCCGCCACUCCAACGUGAGUUUCUUGCACUUUUUUGCCACGUCACAAAGGUCAUCAUUGUUUAGUCCGGCUCCAAACCGAGUGCUCGUCAAAGGACACACCGUCUCGACGUGCUCUCCGCGUUUUGGGUGAGUAAUUUUUCAACAAAAUGCUUGUUCUCACCCAACUGGUGGUGAGACCCUGAAAUCAAUGUUUGUCACAUGAAAUUCAAUUUUCGGUGUCUCGGCAUUGCUUAUCGAAUAAUUUUUCCGGGGCUCGCGCACGCAGCAGGUGGAAACUAGAAAAUAAUUUCUACUUCUUCUUUCUCCGAGAAAUACGGGUCGAAUUGGCUCAAUUUACAUGCUAAUCACAUUCAUUUUUCCUAUUGAUCUUUUCUUUCUCUCUCUCUCUCUCUAUCUCAUUUUCAGUGUCCUUUUGUUCUUCGGACUAUUGUAGGGCUAGGCAAACUUCGGCCCAGGCUUUUCAAAGUCUUUUUGAGGUCUGGACUUUUGGCCCACUUGUCGUCAUCCGAUCGGGCCUACAAGUGCAAGUGGGUCGAAAGUCCAGGCCUCGGCAGGACGUCAAAAAGCCUAGGCCGGCCUUUUGCUCAGCCCUGGACUAUUGCAAAUUUCUCAAAUGACUCCUAUGAAUCACUCACUUUCAGUCUAUUCUUGCCCAUGCUUUCUGUAAUCCGGUACAGAAAAAACAAUCCAGAGAGUGCCUCCCGACCCCUAUUUUCUUCCAGUUCCUCACGCAAUCUCCAUCAGGUGUCAAAUUUCCCCCCUCUCGUCAUUUAUUUAUAUCCAUUCUGAAGCUUUUACCGUCUCACAGAGCCCAGUGAGCUACGAGCUCUUUUCAAAUUUCAACGGUACCAAUAGUUACCCCCACGGCAUUGAUACCAAAAAUGGAUAUCGGGUCCGGCUCCGUGGUCCCUGUCCUAGCGACUGAGGCUCACCACCAUUCGACUCCUCAAAAACCUUUUUUAUGCUCCAAAAAGCCGCCAUUUCCACCCAUCAUUCCCCGCUUUUCCCAUCUCUUUUCCUUUUUUAUGGUGUGUGUGUGUUCAAGAGGGCUCUUUUGCACAUUUUUCCCGAAAAUUGCCACAUUUGCCUUUUGUUUCAUAAAAGAAAACGAAAGAAACGGCUCAUUUUCGUGAUCACAAAACCGUGAGAUUAUGUCAAAAGUCACGUUGCUUGGUGGUUCUCUCAUCAGAUUUCCAGUACUUUUAUCGCAAAUCACAUAAAAACAUCUAGACACAUUCCCUCUUCUCUCUCUCUCUCUCUCUUUCUUCUCACAUUUUCGUGCGCCCAAGUAAUGUAUUCGCCAUCAUCAUUAUCCCUUUCUCAUAUUCGGCCGUCGUCGACUUGUCGUGAAUAUUCUGCAGAUGCCGUGGGCGUCUUCGUCGGACGUGUCCUCCGAGGACGCGUUCCCGAUGCGUCUGCUUCCCGAAUUACCGCGCGCCGGCGCGUUUCAACGCAGAUCGCCGAGAAUGCCAAAGUACUCGGACACGAUUCUUCACACGUACUCGUGUCGGAAAUUGUAAGCGCAAACUGGGUGCCAAACAUGUUUUCGUUCUAUAUAUUUGGGUUUGGUCGAGAAUUUUAAUGAUCAGAAACAUGUUUUGCGGCAAGAAAACUGUUCUCAAACAUGUUUUUGUUUCAAAAGUUACAGUUACAUCACUGUUCAGUCAAAAGUUGACACAAAACAUGUUUGGAAAGAGAAAAGCUGUUGUAAAACAUGUUUUCGACCAAGAACAUAUUAUACUUGUAAAAAAGUUCUUUAAAAUGAGUACGUGGGAAUUCACAAAACCCAAAUCAUUUGUCUCUAAUUCAAAACAUAUGUAUUUCUCAACUUUAGCUCAUCAAAAAUCGUCUGAAAAUAGUGUACUCGUCGAUGCUUCCGAUCCUUCCGAUCAAGCCCCGCCCCUAUUCUCAUUUCCCCCGACACAAUCCAAUUUCCGUGUCAGACGAUUAUUAUUAUUAUACAUAUACAUACAUACAUACACUUUUGAUCACAUCACUCGCUUCUGAAAAGGGGGCAGGGCUUGUGAAGCGAGCGCAAAUAUUUCGGCGACUAGACAAGAAAAAAACUCAAUUCUCGGAUAUAUUCCAUCUUCUGAAUACAUAUAUUAUUUCUUCUGUUGUUGGUCGAAAUGGGAUUUCUGUCAAAACAACGAAAAGCGACGUCGAGAUCGUUUCGGAUCCGGCAGAAACUGCCGAACCAGCAGUCGGCUCGGUUUCGGUGAGAACGGACGUUUCGCAACUGGAAAAUGUGGUCCUAAAAUGAACAAAAGAUCAAUCCCCGGCUCAGCCACAACCUUUAUGCUCAAUUCUUUCAGGUCCACCUCAAUUCCGGCGCCGUUGGAUCGUCGUCAGGGCAGAAGUUGUGAAUUCCAUACUUCGGACGACGAUCGUCACGAUCGAUUCGAUAAUCCGAUUGCGCAGGUGAGUUCUGAACGCCACUUGGUUCUUGGGCCCAGUUUUUGAGCCCGUAUUGUGGCGCGGGCCGAAUAUACAUAGAAUGCGUUUUUUGCCGCCUUACCGGCCCGCUUUGAACUUUGAUUUCAAAGCGAGUUUUCAGCCGGCCCUUUGCAAGUAUGCUAACAAUUCCUAAUAUCAAAAAGUGCAGUGUGGGCAUUGAUAAACGCCCACGUCGCUUGGGAAAAGGUGCAUUCCGGCCAGUGGAGUUGUGUUCCAUCCAUGGGCAGUGAACAUCCAUUGGCUGUGUCUUAUCUUGUUUCCUGUCUUCCUCGAUUUCUUUGACUUUUACGACUUUAUGGCAUUUCCUGAGAUCCCUAACGAAACGACCGUCCUGCUGAUCUCGCGCGCCUCCGCGAAGAGGCCUUUUGAUCUUCCGUCCCCGUCCGACAGCAGUUGAAUCGAGUCCAAUCCCUCUAACAUCUCCACUCGUCUUUUUGCUCAAUUCCUAAAAUGCGGCCUGAUACUAGCACUGAAAUAAUCGUCCGUUCGACGUCCAUUGCUCACUCGCUUGCUCACAGGGCUGGGCAAUUGACCGGCACGGGCUUUUCGUUGGCCGGCCCUUGACCUGGACUUUUGAACCACUUGCAAUAUUCCGAUCAGAACCAAACUUUGCAGGAUUGUUGGACUUGGAUUGAGGGCCAUUGGGUCCAAGUUUCAGCCCGAUCGGAUCAUCGGGUCCCGAGAAAUGUGGAUCAUUGGCCGAUUUUUUCCAAAAAGCCCGGGCUUCCGGCCAAUUUCGGCCAAUGAUCCACAUUUCUCGGGACCAAAUAAUCCGAUCGGGCUGAAACUUGGUUCCAAUAUGCUUCAACCCAUGUCCAAGAAGCCGAUCGGAAUAUGCAAGUGGUUCAAAAGUCCAGGUCAAGGACCGGCCAACGAAAAGCCCGUACCGGCCAAUUGCCCAGCCCUGGUUGCUCACUAUUUACGGAAAAUACCGGCGACACUAAAAUGGUCAGGCUCAGACACAGAAAAAAGAUGGGUUAAGACUCAUUUCUUCUCGAUUUUCUCAUUAGACAAAGUGUAUUUAUUUGUGUCCCUCAUCCGUCCCCGACCGCAUCAAUUUUUCAUUUGCCCUUUCUCUCUCUCUCUCUCUCUCUCUUUGGCUCUCCGCGAUUUUUGCACAAUUUCAUGGCUCGACGAGCACACAUUGAUUCUGGAAAAAACGAAGAAGAAGAAGAAUUUCGGCUAUUCUUCAUCAUUUGUGAAGCAAUUGCAAUUAGUGCGUGCGCGACGAGAAAAACGGCCGAGAAAUAGGAGAUUCUGGACUCGAAUUGAACCAAUUUCCGUGAAUUCCUUCUUCCUCUCUCUCUCUCUCUCUUUCGCUCUCCUAUAUUUGCUCCCGUUUCUUUUAUAGAAAUCUUGAUUUCGAUGUUUCCAGCUCUGACCUAAAACAGUUAACUUUUUUCCCGUCUCUUUCUCUCUCCGUUCUUCUUCUUCUUCCCUUUUUGCUUUCCACAAAGUUCGCCUGAAAAAAAGUGUGAAAAUAUGAUUUCCGCAUUCAAAUUUACUUUUUCUUCGUCUUUUUCUCCUUCUUCUUCUUCUUCUUCUUCUUCUUCUUCUUCUUCUUCUCCGUUGUCGUCGUCGCCUUCAGAAUCCCCUCCUCGGCUACUACAUAUUCCGACCAGAAAAUGGACGAUUCUCCGUUGAAUCGACGAAAAACCGAACCGAAACGGUUGGCGCCGGUCGUCGCAACUAAAAACGGCUCGUUGUCCGCGAAAUCGGGCUGUCCGAUGCACCAUAGUGAGGAGGGCGGCGGAAGAGAUCGCGCGUUUUCAAUGUAUUCGGUGAGAUUCGGGGUCAGAACGAUAGAGGGACAUUUCAAAAGACAUUUACCCUAGGUUGGGUUCGAACCCUGGUCGUCAGAUUAUCGGCUGGCUGCCCUCUCGCCUGAAAUUGGCCAGUCUAUCCCCAACCUUCACAACAUGAUUUCCAUUACAAACCGCCCUAGAUUUCAAUUUCCGACAUCAUCGGCCGCAGCAACCCGAGCCAUGUGGGAAUGCUAUGUCUGGGCUCAGCAAAAUGAUCAAAAUGCAUGCGAGAAAAAGUAGAUAAGAGCGCUCAAAACGGAUCAGAAACGGGCGCCACCGCCGACAAAUGUGAAAAAGAAAUGUAGGCAAUUUUCCAAUUUGCAGGUAUCCUCGGACAUUUUGCGUGUCUCCGGCUACACUCAACAGUUCCGCAGCCUUCUGACCGCCCGUUUCUCGCCGAGAAGGGAGUCCGUUCCGAAUGUGAACAUCGAGGCCGGCGAGGACGAGAACAAGAACGGUUAG